AUGGCUGCAACACCGACACGCAACGACCGUCGAGUCAUUCUCCACCUGGAUUAUGAUUGCUUCUAUGCCUCUGUCUUUGAGGUAGAGCAGCCGGCGCUGAAGUCGUUGCCCCUAGCAGUCCAGCAGAAACAGAUUGUGGUGACGUGCAACUAUGAGGCCCGGCGGCGGGGCCUGCACAAGCUCCAGCUCAUCAAAGAUGCAAAACGGAUUUGCCCUGACGUGGUCGUGGUCCUGGGCGAGGACCUAACCAGGUUCCGCAAUGCUUCGAAGGAUCUCUACUUGUUCGUGCGUAGCUUCAUCUGGGGCGGGCGGGUCGAGAAGCUGGGCUUCGAUGAACUCUCGCUGGAUGUAACGGAGAUGAUCGAUUACAAUGUCCAGCUAUUAAAUGCGAUUGACUUGACCACGGCAUUUUUCCAUUUGGACCCAAAGGACCCGACCGUGGGAUUUGCCUACGAUGCAACUCACUAUCUGGGUGCUACCUAUCCGCCUACGAAGGAUGAGCCUGCAAGUCCACCAGAGACAUCAUCGCUUGAAAUGAAGCUGCUGGUGGCCUCCCAUCUCCUGGGGUAUCUGCGAAGCCAGAUGGAACAUGAGAAAGGCUUCACGGCUACGGGCGGUGUUUCGACGUCGAAGCUGCUGGCCAAGUUAGUCGGGAGCGUCCAUAAACCCAACAACCAAACUACGCUACUUCCGCCAUAUGAGACCCCUGAGGAUGCCAUCGCCCAAGAGAGCAAUGUCACCCGGUUCAUGGAUGCCCACGAAAUCCGAAAAAUCCCCGGGAUUGGCUCUCGAAUCGCCCACAAGCUAAGGAUCAAGGUGACGGGGCAGAAUACCGAGGAGGAAAAGCUGACGGUCCGCGACGUUCGCCUGUUCCCUGGGAUGGACAACACCGAUGUGCUCGAAGCACGCGACCUGCCCACCCAGAUUAGUAUCGAGGACUCGUAUGGUCGUGGUCACCUAGACAACAUCGACACGGUACGGCGCGAGUUAGAGGCACUGGCGAGGAGUUUGAUCCGGCGAAUGAGAACUGAUCUGCUUGACAAGAGUGACAAGAGUGACAAGUCUGACAGCGCUGCGCCUCAGCCCCAGUGGCUGGCACACCCGCGCACCUUGCGAUUAUCGACCCGCCCACGGAACCUGCCAGAGAGCGACGGGUUGCGGACAUACAAUGCCAAUCGCAUUUCACGGUCGGCGCCACUGCCCAGCUUUAUUUUCCAUCUGGACGAGCAUAUCGAUGCGAUUGCCGAGCGACUAGUGCGAGACCACGCGAUGGCAAUGUUCCGCAAACUGCACCCUGAAAGGUCGGGGUGGGACUUGGGGCUGAUGAAUAUCGCGGUGACCAAUCUGGUGGAGAGCGCGGGAGACCUGAAGCAGAGCAGCGGGCGAGACAUCAGCAAGAUGUUCCGUCAGCAAGAGGCGGUGCUGCGGGACUGGACGGCACGCGAGCCAAACAAUCCGGACCAGGGAGACCAGUCGUGCGGAGGGAGAAUGCAGCAGCCUAGCGCUUCUGCAGCCGAGUCGGAUGGGGCGGAUGGGGAGUGGCAGGAAGAAGAUGAAGCCGACGACGAUGCGUGGCUGGGCGCGAGUCUGGCAAGUGUCGAGGGUGUCGAGUGUCGCCUCUGCGGAGCCGCCAUCCCGUACUUUGCGCAGCUGGCGCAUCAAACGUUCCAUGCGGCAGAGAAGGACGAGGUUGGAGAAAUUUAA